AUGAAACGAGGAGCUAGAAAGAUUGUCCUCUUCCUUGUCUUGUUCCCAAUUGCAACUCUGUUGAUGAUUCGUGAGCAACGAUUAUUCGGUGAUUUGAGCACUUUAUUUGACAACAUUUUUCAAAGUGGUGGGACGAAUAAAGCCUACGAUCAUGUCGGACCUACUGGUAGCGACAUUGCUCCAAUGGAUGAGGACCAGAGCGCUGAUGAUCAUGAUGGUAGCAUCAAUCUGAAUUCAAAUUCCACUUCACCAAACGAGCCCUCCUCUUCAAUAGAUGAGGACCAGAGCGCUGAUGAUCAGGAUGGUAGCACUAAUCAGAAUGCAAGGUCUACUUCAUCACCGAAGCCCUCUCCGAUAGUAGCGAUUCUUGGUGGCACGAAUCAGAAUUCAAAUUCAACUACACCACACGAGUCCUGUGGAUGGAACACCAGCCUACAGGCAACAUGGACACGGAACUCAAAAGACGAGAACGCGUCGUUUUUAAAGGUAAUGGCGUGUCAUCGGAGGCUCAGUCCAAGUAAGAAAGAGCGAUGGAAUGAGAAAGAGCGUCCACCUCCUUCUUCGUUGAGAUGUGGGGACAAUAUUAUGGAUGAACUUUAUUCGAUUGUUUCCUGUUACGACAGGAUCGUUUUCUUUGGCGAUUCGAUUCAACGGCAGCAGUUCUUCACGCUUUCCUGCAUGCUGAACUCAUCCCUGACGUUAAAGGAUUUUCUGCCAGCAAAACGAAAGGACGACGAAUUCAGAUGGACAUAUCCUGGAACCGACACAGCUCUAAUGUUUCGAGGCUCGCCAAAGGGUUUGCAAAACUAUGGCAUAUUCAGAAACAUCUCAUCAGUCGAGUCCAAUCCGAGAUAUGCUGCAGUGGUAAAUCUUGGAGCGCACUAUCAUCCCAAUAACAACUCGACCUUGGAGAAAGAUGCCCGAAUAGUUGCCGAGAGUGCUGAGCAAACAACCACAUCUAUGUUUUGGGUUGAAACGAUAGAUUUCCAAUGGCCAACGACCAACGGUGAGUUUGUAAAUGCGUGUUCCGAUUGCCAGUGCGAAGCAUUGACGCCAGGUCGUAUCGCUGGCACGGGUGCAUACACUGGUCCGGACCGGUAUGUAAAUUCGGCAAAAUAUCCAACAUACAAGAGUUUGGUGGUUACAAACCAUACUGGACCGUGCAUCCCCUAUUGUUGGCCGGCGAAUUGGAGGAAUCAUGUCACCAACAACGUCAUGACAAAUCCAAAGUAUUCGGCCAUCAAUUUGGUGCCAGUCUGGCAACAGCUGGUCUCUAGUGGAUUCGCUCAAUCACGAUUUGCAGUUGGUGAUUGUACACACAAAUCAACUGAUGCGUUGAUGGCCGUGGUUCAGCAGCUUCUCCGUUCAAUGAAGAAAAGGUGUGAUCAGCGAGGAGUGAGUGAUCCACAUGUGAUCACUUUAUGA